AGUAUUCGGUAUACUUAUCUAUGGUAAUGACCAGUGAGUAGUGACUUGUGAGUUGUAAAUACCGAGUAGACACCGACAGACAUCUUGAUCAGUAGGAACUACUAACUAGGACACUAUUUAAAACAAAGUAAAAAUUAUUAAUAAUAACCUUUUAAAAUACUUCCGUUAAAUAGUGAAUAAAUUUGAAUUUGAUUUCUCAUUAGAACAUAAUUCUUUAACAGUGGAAAUGUCUGACAAUCCACCAGCAGAAGAUAAUUCUCAGAAUGCUUUAUCUGAAUUAUUGGAUGACGCUCUCAAGGAUUUUGAGGAACCCAAUCAACCGACUUCGGAACCAGUAGUGACGGAUAUGUCGGCCGUCAGUAGUCCUGAAAAUUUCAUUAAAGAGAAUCUCGAGGAAACCAUGAAAUCCUUUAUGAAUGGUGAGCAAGCUCAAAUGGCGGCAGAGUUGCAAGAAAUUAUGAUGGCCGAUGCCGAUGUCGAUUUGCAGUCGGUUAUUCAAGAAUCUUUAAAGAGUCUAUCUGAAGCUAAACAAAAUUUACCCGAAGGAAGCGAUUUGAGUUCAAUGUUUGCUAAUAUGGGUGUAGGCGAUGAUUUAAAUCUGGACGAUGAUGUGAUGCCGAUGAUGAUGCAGUUUCUGCAACCUUUAUUCAGCAAGGAUGUGUUGUAUCCAUCGAUAAAAGAUUUAUGUGACAAAUUUCCACAAUGGCUAGAAGACAACAAAGCUACAGUUGAGCAAGAUGAAUUUGAUAGGUAUACAAAAAUGUUCGAUUUCAUGAAAGAGGUCAGGGACCAUUUGGAAACUCAAAAUGACAGUGAUGACGAAAUCACUAAAACAAGAAAAUUCAAAGAACUUAUGGAAUUGCUUAAGAAAAUGCAAGAAUGUGGUCAACCUCCUCAAGAACUAUUGGGAGAUGCUGCGGGACCUCCUAUGCCCGAUAGCAUGGGCCAAUGUAGCAUUAUGUAGUAAAAGGUCUUUCGUUUCGUAUUGGUUCUGAUUUCAUGAUAUCAGUUUGAUAAAUAAAGACUGAACUGAAGUAGAAUAUAAGUAGGGUACCACCGCCCAAUCCUUCAAUAGUUUACCUAAUACCUAAUUUUUGGUGAUUAUCUCUUUGAAUAUCACUAUAAGAGUAUGUAUACGAUUUGGAAUUCAGUUUUAUAGUAUUUAUCUAGUACAGUUUUCUUUUAUCAAAUAUAUAUUAAUAUAUACAUCAAAUAUCUAAUAAAUAAAACUACAAUACUUUUAAUAAAAGGUAAAAGUACUUUUCUUCUAGUGAUAAAACAAACAUUUUUUUGGUUUAGGUAAAAUUAUUAAAAGAUAAAUCUAGCAUAUAGUUUAAGUAAUAAAAGAAUCAAAGUAUAUUUUUAUAGGAUUUGUAUCUUUCUAUCAUGGUUAUACCUUGUUUUUUUAGUGUAGUAUCAUUAUAAGUUAUAAUUAUUGGAGCUGGUUUAUAUAUUAUAUAAAAUUUUAAAUAGUUUUUUUAAAACUAUCUAUUUUAUUUAUUUAUUAUGUGGGUAUUCAAAAGUUUUAUAUAAUUGUCUAUGAUCUGUACUUUUUUGGAAUCCACUGAAAAAAUUG